AUGUCUGGUAUUGAGGAAGCAGUUCCUGGAAGCCGUGACAGCCGACAUUCUUUUGCUGCUGGCAACUCUGUAUUAUGCUUUGGACAGUGUCAAUACACAGCAGAAGAGUACCAGGCUAUCCAGAAUGCCCUGAGGCAGAGGCUUGGCCCAGAAUAUAUUAGUAGCCGCAUGGCUGGAGGAGGCCAGAAGGUGUGCUACAUUGAGGGUCACAGAGUAAUUAAUCUGGCCAAUGAGAUGUUUGGUUACAAUGGCUGGGCGCAUUCUGUUACACAGCAGAAUGUGGAUUUUGUUGAUCUCAACAAUGGCAGGUUCUACGUGGGAGUCUGUGCAUUUGUGAAGGUCCAAUUGAAGGAUGGAUCGUAUCAUGAAGAUGUGGGUUAUGGUGUUAGUGAGGGCCUCAAGUCAAAGGCCUUGUCCCUGGAGAAGGCCAGAAAGGAGGCAGUGACCGAUGGGCUGAAGCGAGCACUCAGGAGUUUUGGAAAUGCACUGGGAAAUUGUAUUUUGGACAAAGACUAUCUGAGGUCACUAAAUAAGCUUCCACGCCAGAUGCCUCCUGAAGUGGAUUUGACGAAAGCAAAGAGACAAGAUUUUGAACCAUCUGUGGAACAAGCAAGAUACAGCAGCUGCCAACAGAACAUGGCACUGAUACCAAAGCCACAGGAGGUGGCCUCCCCUUGCAAGCCAAGCCACUCUGAUGAGCCCCACAUUGUGAUACAAGGGAAUAAGGACAGCAGCUCCCGAAGCUUGAUCUCUUCUGCUGUUGAAAGUGUUGCCACAUACCAACGGAAGCUCCGGCAAAAGCAGUUGCAACAGCAGUUCCGGGAGCAAAUGGAGAAACAGCAGCAAGGUCCAAUAUCUUCUCCAUCAGUUGAAGGGCCAGCAGUGCCACCAGCCCCUCCUGUGAAGCACAGUACUCCUUUAAGUGCUGCACCAGAACCACUCACUGAGAAAGACUCCCUUGCAGGUCAGUCAGACCAACUGAUCUCUAUCCUUGCAGACAACCUUGACUUGUGGGAUCUGACUCCAGAUUUAGAGGACAUUAUUGUUAAAUCUUUGCCUAGGCCAGAACCACCUCAUAUAGUUGCCACAUCAGCCCUGAAGAACCACUUGGUGACUCAGAACAGAACUCCCCAAAGUCUCUGCCUCCAGAAACCACACUCAGACUCUGGACCCUGGCCUCCCCAAACUCACAACUCUAACCAGCACCUAACAGGAGACUGUGAUUCUGGUUGCAAGGUCCAGGACAUGAAGAAAAGGAAAUUGGAUCCAACUUAG